GAGCCUCAGGUGGGUCCCAUUAAAGUUCUGGAGAAUCGGUCCGGUUCUCCAGUUCGCUCCCACUGGGUUUGUGUGAACAGAAGGAGAAGCAAAGAUCUGAUCAGAGGAAGACGGCAGAGACGGUGAGGACAACUGGUCACCUGAAAAACUAAACGCCUGAGCAGGAGGCCAGACGCAUUUCUGGAGGACAUUUAAUCAGCUGAUAAAAGAUGGCGCAGAAGCAGGAAGUGGAUUUUGGUAAGUGAUCAGAAGCAGAAAUGAACCUUCAUGAAGGAACAAACGGACCAAUCACAGCCCGUGUUGCUGCCAUGUGAUGAACCUCAGCCUCAGAGUAUUUAUUGUUUUCAUGCUUCCUGUUCAGUGAAGAUCUGCUGGAAACUGAGUUUCUGUGAAACCUGAAGAUAAAAUCUGAACUAAGAUGGAAACAGAACUAAAAGGAACCAAAGUGAAAAAGAUCUUCAGGAAUAUUUACUAUAUUCACUAAUUAAUUUAUCCAAUAAUCACAUAAUUUAUUACUAAUUUAUUAUCAAAGACUUGCUGUGUCUUUUAUCCCAACAUUUGGUGACAUAGAUGCUAAAGCUUAAAUAUGGAGAUUAAAAACUUGUUGAAAGUAAAAGACAGAAAAGUGAUGAAAAUGUUAAUCAGUCGAUAUUUUCAUCAAUAACAUCAGAGUUUCCUGUUUUUCUGAAAUAGUUCAGCUCUAUAUUUAGAAGGUGUUUGUUUUAUUGUUCUUCCUGCAGUGAGGAAACAAAUGAUGAACAGAAGCUUCAUUUGUUCUCAUGUAGACAGAAUCAGUGGUCGUCACUCAGAUAUGAGGCAGAAACACAACAGCAGGUUCAGACCUGAGGAGCUGAUCAACAGACUCUGAGGAGAAUCUCUGGAUGGAGCAACAGGAAGAGUUGAUCUUCAUCAGGUUUGUCUCUCAGAUGUAAAUUAAUCCUGUUUCUGUUUCUGCCUGCAGAGAAAAAAACUUUUCAAGGUUCGCUCUGAGUUUGUGAAGACAGUUUCUGAGGAAAUCCUGAAACGGCUCCUUGAUGAGCUUCUAUCAGAUGAGGUUUUGGUGAUUUGGAGGAUGAGGGUAUACUGCAGAUGAACCAAACCAGAGCAGACAAGGCCCGCGACACCAUAGAUGCUGUGAGAAAGAAAGGACAGAGAGCCUGCAGGUUGAUGAUCAAACAUCUUCAUCACUUGGAUCCAACUCUGUCCAACCAGCUGGGUUUGUCCUCUGCCUCCUUUGGUCCAGAUUUUGAUGUUCGGUGUCAACAGGAGCUUAAAAACCAUCUGAAGAUGAAGAUCCAGAGUCUCUCUGAAGGCGUCGCUGAACAUGGAAAUAAAACCGGUCUGAACCAGAUCUACACUGAGCUCUACAUCACAGAGGGGUCAACUAGAGAGGUCAACCAGGAACAUGAGGUCAGACAGAUUGAAACAGCAUCCAGGAAACAAGAAACAGUCAGAAGAGAAGACAUCUUUAAAGUCCCACCUGGAGGAGAUCAACCAAUCAGAACAGUGAUGACCAUGGGCGUGGCUGGCAUUGGGAAAACACUGUUAACACAGAAGUUCACUCUGGACUGGGCUGAAGGCAAAACCAACCAGAACAUUGAGUUCAUAUUUCCAUUCACCUUCAAAGAACUGAAUUUACUGAGAGAGAAAAAGUUCAGCUUAUUAGAACUGAUUCAUGAACGAUUCACUAAAACCAAAGGAAUCAGAAACUUUGAAUCGUUCCAGGUUCUGUUCAUCUUUGAUGGUCUGGAUGAAAGUCGAUUUAAUCUGGAUUUCAAGAACAAUCUGAUCCUGACUGAUGUUACAGAGUCCAGCUCACUGGAUGUUCUGCUGACAAACCUCAUCAGGAAGGAACUGCUUCCCUCUGCUCUCCUCUGGAUAACCACACGACCUGCAGCAGCCAAUCAGAUCCCUGCUCAGUGUGUUGACAUGGUGACAGAGGUCAGAGGGUUCACUGACCCCCAGAAGGAGGAAUACUUCAGGAAGAGAUUCAGAGAUGAUGAAGAGAAGGCCAGCAGGAUCAUCUCCCACAUCCAGAAAUCCAAAAGUCUCCACAUCAUGUGUCACAUCCCCGUCUUCUGCUGGAUCACUGCUAACGUUCUGGAGGAUGUGAUGAAGACCAGAGAGAGAGAGAAACUACCCAACACUCUGACUGAGAUGUACAUAGAGUUCCUGAAGGUUCAACUCAACAUCAAGGAGGAAAAGUAUGAUGGAGGAAAAAAGACCAAAUCUAUCUGGAGUCCAGAGAACAGGAAGCUGAUUGAGUCUCUAGGAAAACUGGCUUUUGAUCAGCUGCUGGAGGGAAACCUGAUCUUCUAUGACAAAGAUCUCACACAGUGCGGCAUCAACAUCCAAGAUGCUGCGUUGUUCUCAGGAGUUUUCACUGAGAUGUUUAAAAGAGAGAAAGGGACACGCGACGUCUCCGUCUACUCCUUUGUUCAUCUGAGCAUCCAGGAGUUUCUGGCUGCAGUCUACAUGCUCCACUGCUUCACCAGCAGGAGAGGAAAAAAAGUUAUCAAGACCUUCUUGGGAGAAAAUUUGUUUUCAUGUCUUUGCAGAAGUUAAUGAAGAAAGUCAUGGAGAAAUCCCUCAGCAGUGAAAAUGGCCACCUGGACCUGUUUGUCCGCUUCCUUCAUGGUCUCACUGUGGAGUCCAACCAGAGAGACUUAGAAGAUCUGCUGGGUCAGACAGAGACCAGUCCAGAAACCAUCCAGAGAAUCAUCACCAACCUGAAGGAGAUGAACACUGAUAGAAUCUCUGCUGACAGAAGCAUCAACAUCUUCUACUGUCUGGUGGAGAUGAACGACGUCUCAUUUUAUCAGGAGAUCCAACGGCUGCUGGAUUCAGGGAAGAAGCUCUCAGAGACUGACUGUUCAGCUCUGGCCUUCAUGCUGCAGAUGUCAGAGAUUCUGGAUGAGUUGGACCUGGAGAAGUACAACACAUCAGAAUCAGGACGACAGAGACUGGUUCCAGCUGUGAGGAACUGCAGAAAGGCUCGACUUGGUGGCUGUUCGCUCCAAAAGGCUGAAUGUGAAGUUUUGGCCUCGACUCUGAAGUCCAACCAGAUCUGACUGAACUGGAAAUAAAUCAGAUCUACAUAGAUGAAGGUGGAGAAUCUGAUAUGAAUCAUCUGGUUGAGAUCCUGGAGAUUCAGUCAGUAAAGUGAAGAAUCUGAGAUUGUGGAGCUGCAGUUUCUCAGAGACCAGCUGGACGUCUCUGUUCUCAGCUCUGAAGUCCAACCCGACCAUCUGAAAGGACUGGACCUGAUCAGAACCAACCUGGAAGAUUCUGGACUGAAGGAUCUCUGUGGUUUUCUACAGACUGAAGGCUGCAGACUGAAGACAUUGGGAUUGACUUACUGCAGUUUCUCAGAGACCAGCUGGACGUCUCUGUUCUCAGCUCUGAAGUCCACCCGACCCAUCUGACAGUACUGGGCCUGAUCGGAACCAACCUGGAAGGUUCUGGACUGAAGGAUCUCUGUGGUUUUCUACAGACUGAAGGCUGCAGACUGGAGAUAUUGAUGUUGGAGGACUGCAGUUUGUCAAAGAUCAGCUGUGAUUAUUUGGCCUCAACUCUGAAGUCCAACCCGACCCGUCUGACAAGACUGGACCUGACAGGAAACAAACUGAAGGAA